AUAACCGACCGGUACUCCUUCUCCCUCACACGCGCGUAUUGCGAGCGAGAUGCGUUCGGGCUCGAGUGAGACGCAGCAUGUUGCAUUAAAUUUCGAUCCUAUUCUGUAAUAUGUUUUGUCCAAUCGCGUCGGAUCUUCGCGUGUUCCGGUUCUUUGUCAUCAAUGGGUCGCCGGGCGAGUCCAUUUCGAGUGCCUCUUAUAGUUCUUUUACGAGAUAUCCUAGUCAAAUGUGGAAAGAGGAAAAGCUCCGGCGGCCUCCGUAUGUAAUAAACCGACCGCUCGAUAACGCUUUCGCGUCGGAAGCGAAGUAUUUAGCGCGAUAGUCUUUAGGCCCUUUCGGUAUUAAUGAGUCGUGCCCACUUCAGCUGACUGCGUCGUACGCGAAGCUACUCUACCUACUCCAGUAGUAGUUCGGCGUUCGAGCCAGGCGGUCGGGUUGCGCGCGUACCCGAGCAAAGCGGAUAUGUCGUUGAUGGUUAAAAUGUUUAUAGAACGUUUCCCAUAGGCGUGACGGUAUUUCGUUGGCUACAAAGACGUGAAGUCGUGAAGUGCUCUGCAGAGGCAGCGACGCGCCAAGCCGGCGAGCGACUGUAGCGAGUGCGGGACAAGGCCCGAGGCUCAAUAAUGCUCAAAUUUCUGACCCACAAGUUGCGAACGCAUUCGUUGAAUGAGGAGAACGUUUCAGAGAAGGUCGAGGAGCGGGACUCCGGCACCGAAUCGGACGACGAGGCCGACCGCGGCGACACCGGUGAUUUUUGUACCGACGUCAUCAUGAAGUGGAACGAUGUAACAGAUAUCAGUAUGGGCGGAGAGGCAUGUGCGUGUGCGCCGACGCCUCGCGCGCUGCCAGACCCCGAGCCAGAUCAGCUCUACGAUCACCACUCUUCAGAAGAAGAGCUAGAGGUCAUAAACGGGGCGCCGUGCGGAGCGACGACGGAGUCGCGGCGGCGCGGCGCGUCCUCGCCGCCGCCCGCGGCUCCUGAGAAGCGCAAGUGGCCCGCGCAGCCCUACGACGCGGACGAGCCCGCGCGCGCGCCCAGCUCCGACGAUGACGACACUAAGGUGGAGACGCCAGUCAGGUUCCGCACGUCGCCGCCGCUGGAGGCGCUGAAGCCGCGGCGCGCAGGCGCGGGCGCGGGAUGUGCGUGUGCGGCGCGCGCGCCUGGCUCGCCGCGGCGGCGCCGGGCCGCGCUGCCGCCACCCCGCAGGCACCGCCCCGCGCUAGACUUUGAUAAGAUGCAGCAGCUUAAAGUGGGUGGCGUGCGCUCAUGGCGCGGCGUGGGCUCGCACGCGCAUGCUCACGCGCAUGGCGGCGAGCUUUCCGUCUUCUGCUGGUGAUAGCGCGCAGUGAGUGGUGCUCCCUGUGCGUCGCGUCCCCGGGCCGCGCAGCGCGGCGGCGGUGGCGCCGCUCCCCCGCGAGCGGGCCCUAGAUAUCCCAGCACCGUUCCAUAUCAUUGAUAACUGUACACGACAUUUUGAUCUUUUUAUUGCUGACGUUCCUUUUGCACUCAAUAAUGAUACAGUACAAAAUAACGAAAGACUUUAAUAUUGUAACGCUUGUACUAGCCGGGCGGGGCGGAUCCGACGCGACCGCGGGUGGAGCUGGGCGCUCGCCGUUUGGGUGCGAGCGAAAUUCUUUUCUAUUUCUUUACGUAUAAGACAGGUUUCACCUAUCGUUACUUCGAAUCGCACGUUUUGACUAAUUCGUUAUUGGGGGUAGUAGAGGUGUUUAGGCACGUGUCAUAACUUACAAGUUGUGCCGUUGUUUAGUCCUAAAUAAUCUUAUUUCUCAAAGAGAAAUAAUACGACGCUUCCUGUGGCAUGCUUUGGUCGGUGUAGAUACAUGAUGUUAGAUUAUAUGUGUUAGGGCAUUGAAGUUUUAGUUGAUGAUGGGGAGAGUAUUUCAUCUUAACUUGGUGUAUUUGUGUAGGGUCGUGCAUCGCGUCGGAUCCGGCGGCGCCUCUUACCGAUAUAUCGUACGACCGUCACAUUAAGUAGUAUUUUUGAGAUAUUUACUGUUUUUGAACGUUGUGUUGACACUGUUACAAUGAUUUGAACGUUUGUAUUAGACGCGGUGACACUAUAAAAUAAUAUGUAGGUCACAUAUCAGAUCAAUGUGUUAUAUAUACCUACAUGACUCGUAUUAAUUGUACCAGUAG